CCGGCCGGUCACUGCAGACUAUUGGCAUGCAGUACCACCCUGCUGCAUAUUGAUUCCACAAAGGUCGGAAUGACCUCCAUCUCUCUCUAAUGUUCAUUUUCAUCUCAAGCACUCAAGGUCCAUCUCCAUGGCCCGAGGGGGUGCGCACCGGCCGGCAGACGGCGUGCGCCAUGCUUAGUACCGCUGGAGCAACAGUAGUUGCUGCAUGAAUUGCAUUGGAAUACUGCUGUCGAAUCUGAAUGCAUUGCCAAUAUUCGCUGCAUUGCAAUCCUGACUUUUGGGGAGAAUGGAUUAUCUUGCUUAGGGAGAGUGGAGAGUCCAGAGCAUCCGAAUGCGGCAGAGGGAGAAAAAAAAAAAAAAAAUGGGGUGACACAUUAAGCGGUUAUCCUUCAUCCACCUUGACUCAAGAACUUCAUUUCGUUCAUUAGUUAUUCCUGUUAUGCGUGCUGGACACCGGUUGUCUGAUCAUUAAGAGCUCUAUCCGGUCCCUCCAUCCAUUGACUCAUACUCGGAUCGAAGGCUUUAAUUCCCCUCUCUUCCUUCCCGUCCCUCAUCCUGCCCCUCACUCUGUCAUCAUCGUCACAAUGGCGACGCCGUUCCUCGUCUCGCUACAGCUCCCCGCGAGCUCCUCCGGUCUUACGCUCAAGCAGAUUUCAUAUUUCGGUCGUGUCCUCAUCAAGGUCUCCAGCCUGUCGCAAGCGGAGCAGUUCCUCCGCCAGAACUUCCGCCUACUAGACAUCUACGUCGAUGCGACGGAUAUCACCUCCGCCGGGGACAUUGUCGAUAUUCUCAACGCCGGUGCUGCAAAGGUUUUCGUGUCUCUGGACCAAUUGACGACUCUGUCGAAGGAACAGGAUGUUCCCUCUUCUCGAUUAGUCGUAUACGCUUCAUCCGAUGCGCAGGUCGACGCUUUCCAGAAGUGGGUCGCGGAAGUCUCUGAUAGGAAGGAUGCUGGUCUCUGUACGGAAUUGGCCGAUGUGAAGGCUUUGGUCGAGAAAUUUGGAAAGGAUUUUGCGGGUCAAGGGCUCUACAAGACCACGGGUGGUGCGGUAUCGGAGGAUGCUUUGAAGAAAACUUUGGAACAGGGUGCUAUCAGCGUCGUUCCGUCGGAAGCAUUGACGUUUGAGCGCAAUGCGGACGGCAAGGUCGCUGCGGCAAAGCUGAUCUCAGCUCGUGCUGUGGCUGAUGAACAUACCGGUCUUUAUGCCACCUCGGUGACCGAUGAGAGGGGCACUUCUCUGGGUCUCGUAUGGAGCAGUGACGAGAGCAUCGCAGAGGCACUCAGGACUGGAACUGGUGUCUACCAGAGCAGAAAGCGCGGUCUGUGGUACAAAGGCCAAUCCAGCGGGGAUGUGCAGGAAUUGCUACGGAUCGGCUUCGAUUGUGACAGCGAUUGCCUGCUGUUCGUUGUAAACCAAAUUGGCAGAGGAUUCUGUCAUCUUGGAACUGCUAGCUGCUUCGGGCCUUACUCGGGACUUUCACGUCUUCAGAAGACACUGGUUGCUCGCAAAGCAGAUGCGCCCCCCGGAUCCUACACAGCGAGACUCUUCAAUGACUCCAAGCUAGUACAGGCUAAGAUCAUGGAGGAAGCCGAGGAACUCUGCCGUGCGACUACCAAGGAGGAUAUCGCUUUCGAAGCCGCAGAUCUCUUGUACUUUGCCCUCACCAAGUGCGUGGCGGCUGGUGUUAGCUUGGAGGAUGUUGAGAGGAACCUCGACUUGAAGAGCCUAAAAGUGAAGAGGAGAAAGGGUGAUGCUAAGGGGCCAUGGGCUGAAAAGGUUGGCCUUGCAGGCCCCGCACAAUCCAAGCCCUCGCCAGCUCCCGAGAAGCCGGCGGUGCCUGUGUCGACUGAAACCCGCAUGGAGAUGAAGCGUAUCGUCACUGCUUCCACCCCCGCAGAUGCUGUGAAAAGUGCCCUGAAGCGGCCAUCUCAGAAAUCAAAUGAGGCUAUUGUAAACCUCGUCAAGCCAAUCAUUCAGGACGUUCACGAUAACGGAGAUGCUGCAUUGCUCAAGUAUACUCACAAGUUCGAAAAAGCAACUUCGCUGAAGACUACUGUUCUCCGUGCGCCAUUCCCCGAGGAACUGAUGCGGAUCUCCCCAGAGACGAAACGGGCAAUCGACAUCAGUAUUGACAACAUCGACCGUUUCCACUCAUCUCAGAAGGUUGACGAGACUCUCCGCGUGGAGACAAUGCCUGGAGUCGUCUGUUCUCGUUUCUCACGACCCAUCGAGAGGGUUGGUCUCUACAUCCCUGGCGGAACUGCCGUGCUUCCGUCUACUGCUAUGAUGUUGGGUGUGCCGGCCAUGGCCGCUGGGUGUGAGAAGAUCGUCUUUGCGUCUCCUCCCCGCGCUGAUGGUAGCGUAACGCCUGAGAUUGUCUACGUUGCUCACAAAGUAGGAGCAGAAAGCAUCGUUCUCGCCGGUGGAGCGCAAGCUGUUGCGGCUAUGGCAUACGGCACGGAAAGCGUCACCAAGGUCGACAAGAUCCUCGGACCCGGCAAUCAAUUCGUGACCGCUGCAAAGAUGCUAGUAUCUAACGACACCUCCGCCGGAGUUAGCAUUGACAUGCCUGCCGGGCCAAGUGAGGUGCUCGUUAUCGCAGACAAGGGUGCCCACCCAGCGUUCGUUGCCGCCGAUCUUCUGAGCCAGGCCGAGCACGGAGUCGACUCGCAGGUCGUCCUCAUUGCUGUCGAUUUGAAUGAGAGCGAGCUUCAGGCCAUUGAGGAUGAGGUAGACAAGCAAGCGCGAGCUCUUCCGCGCUCGGAUAUCGUGAGGGGAUCUCUGGCGCACUCAGUCACCUUGGUUGUCAAGGAUAUCGUGGAAGCAAUGGAGCUGAGCAACGAAUAUGCCCCUGAGCACUUGAUUCUGCAAGUUCAGAACGCGGAGUCCGUCGUUGACCUCGUGAAGAAUGCCGGUAGUGUGUUUAUUGGCCCAUGGACUCCUGAGAGCGUGGGUGAUUACUCCGCCGGUGUCAAUCAUUCUUUACCGACUUACGGCUACGCCAAGCAGUACUCUGGCGUCAACUUGGGUUCGUUCGUCAAGCACAUCACGAGCUCCAACCUUACCGCGGAAGGAUUGGUUGGCCUCUCCAGUACAGUUGAACAGCUCGCUGCGGUUGAAGGCUUGGAUGCUCACAAGCGAGCAGUCACUAUACGGGUUGCGGAGUAUAAAAAGAGUCAGGCAUGAAAAGUGUUUAUAGAUCUAGUUAUGGGUGAGCUGGUUUAUAGAUAUGAUAUGGAUGGUCA